AUGUUCUAUUCCGAGACCCUUCUGUCGAAAACCGGGCCACUGGCUCGCGUUUGGUUGUCGGCGAAUAUCGAACGCAAACUCUCCAAGUCGCACAUCCUGCAGUCCGAUAUCGAGAGCAGUGUCAAUGCCAUUGUCGACCAGGGCCAGGCCCCCAUGGCCUUGCGAUUGAGUGGACAGUUGCUCUUGGGUGUUGUUCGCAUCUACAGCCGCAAAGCUCGCUACCUCCUUGAUGAUUGCAAUGAAGCUUUGAUGAAAAUUAAGAUGGCCUUCCGCCUCACGAACAACAAUGACCUGACUUCCACUGUUGUCGCGCCGGGUGGCAUCACCCUUCCUGAUGUGCUUACUGAAUCUGAUCUCUUCACCAACCUCGAUACGUCUCUGCUCUUCCCUCAAACCCUCGACCUGGAGCCCGCUGCCAAGCGCCCUGGCGCCAUGGAUUUUGGAGGUGACAACCUCCUCCCCGACAGCAGCUUCCGCCGAUCUGUCUCUCAGGAACCCGCACGCCUCGAAGACCCUUCCCUGGUUGACCUUGACUUUGGUGAGGAUGAAUUGCCUCUUGGAAACGACCCGACUAUGGAAGUUGGUCGAGACGCCCCGGCUCCUCGUCCUGUUGAGGAGGACCUGUUCAGCGACGCCGGCAAGUUCAAUGACGGCGCCGAUUUGGACCUCGACAUUGGAGAGGAUGAUGGCAUGGACAAGAUGGAUCUCGACGAUGGCCACGACAAUUUGAAUGACCUGAUCCCGGACGGUGGAAUGGAUCUUGCCGAUGAAAACGACUUUGGCGGCGAAACCCCUCGCGCCACCGAAAGCCGAUUUGAACGUGACUCGGAAAGCCCUCUUUCGGAUGCCGGUUCUGACCAGAUGAACCAGCUGGAGGAAGAGUUCAACCGUGAAGAGUCUGCCACUACUGAGGUCGUUACUAACGAGCACGCUCAUCGUGCUAAGCGCCAGAAGUUUAUGGAACUGGACAGCUCGGUUGCCAUUUCUAGUAAAGACAUCAGAGAGCAGCAGAAUGAUCGCUCUUCCAUCAUGAAGCCUGCCACUUUCUUGCCUCGUGACCCCGUUCUGCUCGCUCUUAUGACCCGCCAGCAAAACGGCAACUUCGUGUCCAGUGUGUUUGGUGAGGACCGCGGGCGUGGAUGGGCUCCUGAGCUGCGCGGAUUGCUGUCUUUGGACUCGGUCAAGAAAGCUGGUGAGCUGAAGCGCAAGCGUGACAGCGGCAUCUCUGACAUGGAGGCCGCUGGCGCUGAUGUUCCUGCCCUCGAACUUGGUGAGGAUGAAGCUAUUGUCCCCGUUGACGAGGGUAUUGCUCUCGACACCACUCUCAAUCAGCACUCCGAGAUUCAAUUCCCUGGUGAUGACCAGCAGGAGCUCCACUUGAGCGAGGAUGACAACAUGGACCAGCUCGAAGAGUUGGACGAUACCAUCGCCCACCCUAUUGACACCGAGCCUGUCUCCAUGGGCACCAAGCACGCUGUCCACAUCCUCCGUGAGAAGCUCGGCGAUGCUGAGUCCUCGCAGAACAAGAGCGUCAUGUUCCAGGACCUUCUACCUGAGCAGCGCUCCAGCAAGGCCGAUGCCACCAAGAUGUUCUUCGAGGUCUUAGUCCUGGCCACCAAGGAUGCUGUCAAGGUUGACCAGGGCUCCAAGUCUAUCGGUGGUCCCCUCGCCAUUCGUGGCAAGCAGAACCUCUGGGGAUCUUGGGCUGAGGAGAACGCCGCUGGUGCUAUGAGCCAACUGAGCCAGGCUCUGUAA